AUGCACUUAACACUAUUUCCCUUUCAUCUUUGUCUUCCACUUUGUAUGUGCAGUAUACAUGGUUAUUACAACUGCUAUGGUUAUAACCCCCUAAGGCUGUUUCCACAUGGUUAUUACAACUGCUAUGGUUAUAACCCCCUAAGGCUGUUUCCACAUGGUUAUUACCGCUGUUAUGGUUAUAACCCCCUAAGGCUGUUUCCACAUGGUUAUUACAACUGCUAUGGUUAUAACCCCCUAAGGCUGUUUCCACAUGGUUAUUACAACUGCUAUGGUUAUAACCCCCUAAGGCUGUUUCCACAUGGUUAUUACAACUGCUAUGGUUAUAACGCCCUAAGGCUGUUUCCACAUGGUUAUUACCGCUGCUAUGGUUAUAACGCCCUAAGGCUGUUUCCACAUGGUUAUUACCACUGCUAUGGUUAUAACCCCCUAAGGCUGUUUCCACAUGGUUAUUACCGCUGCUAUGGUUAUAACCCCCUAAGGCUGUUUCCACAUGGUUAUUACCACUGCUAUGGUUAUAACCCCCUAAGGCUGUUUCCACAUGGUUAUUACCGCUGCUAUGGUUAUAACCCCCUAAGGCUGUUUCCACAUGGUUAUUACCGCUGCUAUGGUUAUAACACCCUAAGGCUGUUUCCACAUGGUUAUUACCACUGCUAUGGUUAUAACCCCCUAAGGCUGUUUCCACAUGGUUAUUACCGCUGCUAUGGUUAUAACCCCCAAAGGCUGUUUCCACAUGGUUAUUACCGCUGCUAUGGUUAUAACCCCCAAAGGCUGUUUCCACAUGGUUAUUACCGCUGCUAUGGUUAUAACCCCCUAAGGCUGUUUCCACAUGGUUAUUACCGCUGCUAUGGUUAUAACCCCCUAAGGCUGUUUCCACAUGGUUAUUACAACUGCUAUGGUUAUAACGCCCUAAGGCUGUUUCCACAUGGUUAUUACCGCUGCUAUGGUUAUAACCCCCUAAGGCUGUUUCCACAUGGUUAUUACCGCUGCUAUGGUUAUAACCCCCUAAGGCUGUUUCCACAUGGUUAUUACCGCUGCUAUGGUUAUAACCCCCUAAGGCUGUUUCCACAUGGUUAUUACCGCUGCUAUGGUUAUAACCCCCUAAGGCUGUUUCCACAUGGUUAUUACCACUGCUAUGGUUAUAACCCCCUAAGUCCCUGUGCAAUGUGGUUGUACAACAAUGUGACAUGCAAUGACAAACCUAUAGACAAACAGCACUCUCCUUUCUACCAAACAGAGACUUAA